UAUUUGAUUUUGACAAGAAAUGUCAUUGGAGACUUUUACGAGCUGAUGCCAACCCGACACCUCGAAUAUGCGCACACCCUUUCCGAAGAUUCGUGGCCUAAAUUCGCAUCUCCACCAUUUUGAACUCUUCCCCACCUUCCUCAACCUUUGUCUUUCACUCCCCUCUACAUAUAUACAAGCAAUAUAUACAUACGUGUGUUGGCACAUACAUAAUACUAUUGUAUAUUGCCAUUUUCGCCACGUCGUCACAUCCCCAUUCUCCAGUGACAAAACAGCAAUUUCGCUUGGCAUCUCCAAUUGAGACCUGCAAGCUUUUGCUGGCAAUCAGUCGAAUUGACUGAUUGCCACAUAGCUUAUGUAUCCCCAAAGUACAUUGACCCCAAGCAAAGCCCUAAAGGGUGUGCAUGGAGUGCAUUUGGCUCCUCAGUCACCAUUUGUGUUGGAAGAGGUAAACCAAAAUGGGAACAUCAAUCAGCCGACAUGUCAGAAUUCUGCUUUGGGAUCUAGUCAACAUCUAAUAGUGCAGAGAGUAUGGGAGCAAAGACCUUCCUGUUUGAGGCCCAUCCAAUGUUGUGUGAGCGGUGAUAGGCACCUUGGAGAAACAAUUGCUAAUGUGAUCACUUCACUUCCUUUUAUUGCUCUUGGAAUCAAAACCCCAAGGAAGAAUCUGAACUGUAAGCUUUAUGCUAGUUCAUUAAUUGGAGUCGGAAUUGCAUCAAGUUUGUACCAUGCUUCAAGAGGAAAACUGAGGAGGUAUCUGAGAUGGGCUGACUAUACUAUGAUUGCAACAUCAACAGUGUUUCUGUCAAGGGCGCUGAGGAAUGAGAAUCCAAAGUUGCUGAUGGCAGCGUCCGCUUUGAUUCUGCCAGUCCAGCCUCUUAUGGUUUCAGCUCUCCAUACUGGGAUGAUGGAGGUAGCGUUUGCUAAGAGAGCAUUGGAAGAUCCAGAGCUAAGGACAGCACAUAACGUGCACAAAAUGUCAUCGGUUUUAGGAGGAGCUCUUUUCAUUGCCGACGAUGUCUUCCCCGAUACUCCAUUUCUUCAUGCUGCUUGGCAUCUUGCUGCUGCUGUAGGUGUUGGUACUUGUAACAAGCUGCUUUAGCGCGUAUAUAUGUAUACUUCAGUACUCCAUACCCAAAGGGGCUUCACCUGUUGCAAACUGUUUGCGGUUCCGGUAAAUCGUUUUGAACGUCGAAUGAGGUAACUAACCUUACCUAGGGUGUUCAAAGGGCAUGAAACUGUGUCAUUUAGUUGGAGAAUGGAGUUUUUGCUGUAAACUAGUGGCAACUCUCGUUGCUUUGUAAUAUAUUUGGGCAAUACUGAAAACUGCUAGUGCUAUGUUUUUACCAAUAAUGCAUGUUUUUGUCGUAAA